AUGUGGCAGCGUCGUUCCUCUCAAAGUGAACCAUCCCUCUCAUCAACAACAUCGCCCUCCAAUCCGGCAUACGCCUACUACUCAUCAUCAUCCUACUCUUCACAAAUGUCUCGACGAGGUCCCAUAGAAGGGCCACCGGGCCACCAGCUCCGACGCAGAGUCACCUGGCGUUCCUCCGCAUAUAAGAUUAUCGCCUAUCUUUAUGUUCUCGGUAUUUUGUAUAUUGUCUGGUUGAUUCGAGAUUUGUUCUGGCUUCCAUUCUCGUCAACUUCGACGCAUGGUGGGUUUUCCUGGGUGAUCUUACGCCAAAAUCAGAGAUUGACACUAGUCGAUUUGCACCUAGUCAGGUCGCGCGACAAUCGCCACCCGUCGCUCGCGUGA